CUUCACUCAAACCACCAUCAUCGUUUCCGUUGGGCUUCGUGGUCGUGUCAUUGACAGCUGAGUAAGACCGCCAUUGGAAAAACGGGUUUCUAGCGCCAGUCGAUCGUUCAAGAGUUUUGUGUUUUUACCAAGAUCUUUACUUCUCACUUUCUGGGUGAGAUCGUGCUGCAUUUGCGGUGACUGUCUCGCGCUUCGUUGAGAAUUUAAAAAACGAUUGUCGGAUGUACUCUCAGCCCCACAUCAAUCGCCCCUCACCUCCUGCGCCUGUCUACUUUGUGGAUCCCAAUUCUUUUCGCCGUGAUUAUGCGGCGCGUCUUGCAGAACUCACCAUUAACUCCAGACCUAUCAUUCAGACCUUAUCGAUGAUUGCUCAAGAGUAUUCAAAAUGGGCUGAGAUUGUAGCUCAAUGUUUGGAGGCCCACAUUCGAAGGGUUCCUCCAUGGAUUAAGCUUCCAGGCUUCUACUUACUUGACGCAAUCUCGAAGAAUGUCUACGACCCGUAUACGCGCCAUUUUGCUCCCUUCGUUAUUGGUUUAUUCCUGGAAACUUACCAGCAGGUUGAUCAGGCGACUCGUAGCAAGAUGGAAGAAAUGCUUUUGACCUGGCGAACCGCCUCUCCCACUGGCAAGGAACUGUUCGGUGUUAUUCCACAACUUGCCAUUGAGCGUGGAAUAUGGGGUGGCGAUUCCAAUCCAACAGGGGCAACGUCUGGCCAGAUAUCGAGAGCACAAGUCCUGAGCGAACUUGAAUUUACCCUGAGCCAAAAGGAACGCGCCCUGCAAUCAAAUGCUUGGGAUACCACUGCACAGAGGCAUGUACAAAUUCUGCAACAGCUGCGCAAGCUUGUUGAAGCAGGUGUUUCUCAAGAUGAGCUUCGUCAAAUCCUGACCCAGCUGAGAUCUCUGUCACAAACCCCUCAACUUGCCGCGGCCGCUCCUCCUCCUCCUCCGACAACAUCAUAUCAAUACCAAGCCCAGCCUGCAUACCCUCGUCAAGCUACGCAAUCUGCAUUCCCACCUCCAGUAUCACAACACUCUCCCUCUACUACUUAUGCAUCUUACGCCCUGCCGUCCAUUAAUCAACCUAAAUCUGAACCGGUCGACUCUGCAUCUCUUUUAUCGAGCGUGAAAUCUACAGGUGUCCCGCCAACUGACAUCGCUGGACUUUACAGCGCUCUUUUGAAGGCCGGCAUUGUGGCUGGUACUGGUACGCCCGUUGGUGCCGGAGCGACCGCCACUUCUGAGGAUACUGUUGCAUCGUCGACGUCAUCUGAAAACCUGAGUCGGGAUGCUGCAAGAGCAUAUCGCAAAUCAGUUUUAACGCAGAACAUUAGGCUAACGAACGCUGAUAUAACAAGAAAACGUCCUAAUAUUGACCGUUUGUUGUAUGAUCGAUUGCCCGUCCAGUGUAAGCAAUGUGGUAUCAGAUUUUCGGAUGAUACACUAGGAAAGAAAGAGAUGGAGGAUCAUCUUGACAUGCACUUCAGACAAAACCGUAAAGCAAAUCAGAGCCUUGGCCGUGGACACAGUCGCAGUUGGUUUGUCGACCUUGAUGAUUGGGUUCAUGAAGGUCGUGUGGAUGUGAAGGGUAAAGGCCGUGCUGAUGGUCCUCGGCCUACUACCAACAAGGCUGCACUUGUGGUAGAUGCAGCACGACGUGAUGCUGAGUUACGCACGCAGUUCGUUGUUGUACCAUCAGGCGACGAAGCGAAAUCUUUGUCUUGUCCCAUAUGUAAAGAGAAUCUAAAAACAGAGUUCCUAGAAGAUGACGAGGAGUGGGUCUGGAAGAAUGCUGUCAGAAAGGAUGAUAAGAUAUAUCAUGCGACAUGCUAUGCUGAAGCUAUGAGUUCGAAACAUACUCUGGCUUCGAGAUUACGCCAAGACACAACCAGUCGGAGCAGAUCUGGCACGCCAGAUGCUUGCAGAGCUACGCCCCCAAAGGGCAACCCAAGCGUACGGUCUUCCCAGUCCCGGUCCCCCGACUCUAAACGCGCUACGCUCAAGCGUAAGGCGAGUAUCGAUGAUUUUAGUAGGUCGUCUGUCAAAAUGGAGAGUAAUGGAACACCGCCUAUGAAGAAGAUGGCGCUUGCAGCCUGAGAGUUGGAUUAUAGACUUUCCACAUCUUUAUUGGAAUACUUAUUGAGCAUCAUCACAUGUAUUAAACAAACGCAUAUCAUAUACAUCAUGAUUGAAUUGACUACAUA